ACGGUCUUUGCUUAACGGGUCCGUUUUUCACCACACACGCAUGAGGAUUGAAUAGGAUUGAAGAUAGCCGUUAAAUGGGGUGUGCGCCGUCAAAAAGCUCAGUUCAGGGUAACAGCUAUCCGGGAAUGGGACCGGGCCAAGGGCAACCUGUCAACCAGCUCCCGCUCCCGCCGCGCCCAAAUCAGCCGCAACCUUCUACUCAACCCACUCACUCCAAUCCACAAAUUGCUCCCGCACCUUCAGAUUCAUCGGGAAUGUCGUUCAUCACGCGACAGGGCCACACUCUAUACGAAAAUGGUCGACCAUUCCGUUUCAUCUCUAUAAAUGUUCCCAACCUUUUCUUUAUCGAAGAUCGCCCAGAUGCUUGCGGGUGGGUCCUUCCAGACCCUUACGAACAGCACGACGCCCUCCUCACUGUGGCGCAUAUGGGUGGCCGAGUUGCGCGAACGUACACGCUGGGGGCCGGAUGUAACUUUCACGUCACUCAGCCCCGGAAAUAUAAUGAAGACUGCUUUGUGGCGAUGGAUCAUGCUCUGGCGAUCGCCAGGAACGUGGGUGUGCGUUUGAUUGUGCCCUUGGUGAAUAAUUAUGGCGGAAAGGAUGAAGUAGGGGCAUGUGGGGAUGCUCUUUUUGGGAACUAUGCUGCGUUUGCGGGUUUACGAGGAAAGAAGCCCAGUGCAUUCUGGACAGAUCCAGAGUUGGUUGAGGAUUUCAAGCAUUUGAUCUCCUUUGUGUUGAAUAGAGUCAACACCGUGAAUGGAAUACGAUACGGCGAUGACCCCAUUGUCCUAGCAUGGCAACUUGGGAAUGAACUCGGAGGAUGGAAUGGACCGAAUCCUCCUACAUCCUGGACAUUGGGCAUGACAGCUCACAUCCGGUCGUUGGCACCCAACACGCUUGUCCUAGAUGGAACGAUGGGAGGGCUCAAAGCGAAAGAUAAAUACGACCGACAGGCAUUGUCAUCUCCCGCAGGACCCGAUAUCUUCACAAACCAUUAUUAUUACGGCGAAUCCGAUAUCAAGAGGCUGAAAGACGAUUCAUCCUUUGUUGCAAAGCACAGUAAGGCCUUCAUUGUCGGAGAGUUUGGAUUUAGUAAUACUGGAGUGUAUGGACGGAUGUAUGAGGAUAUUUUGCGCAAUGAUAAGGUUACGGGCAGUUUGAUCUGGAGUCUAAGAUUUCACAGCAUGUUCGGUGGCUUUUAUGUUCACUCAGAGGAAGGCGGAAAAUAUUGGUCGUAUCACGCACCAGGCUUCCCUUCCCGUAAUCGGGGAUUCUGUUUCGAAGAAGCUGAAGUGAUUCCUCAAAUACGCAACUACGCACUCCGCAUUCAGGGUCUAGACCCACGUACUGUUCCGUACCCCGUCCCUCAGGCACCUUACCUGUUGGAGGACAUUCGACCAAAAUGCUUCCGAUUUCGGGGAAGUGCUUGGGCAGCUCGCUAUGUGAUUUAUAGGGGACGAGCUAGAGAUGAGUUUGGGGGAGUAGAAUGGGAGCCAAAUCCCGUUGCGACAAAUGUAACGGAUGAUGUGUGCAGUGGGUCAACGUUGUGGAGGGAUGAGGGAGCGAUGGAAGGGGUACCCUACUAUUAUGCUGUACAGGCGGUUGGAGUGGGUGGGGACUGCAGCCCCUGGUCUAAUGUCGUCGGGCCAACAUAUGUGUAGCAAGCAGUUCUUUAGGCAUUAUCUUAGCAAGCCAUCAACAACAUAAUACCAAGCAACUUUGCCCAACGGCAGCGACAACUAACC